AUGAAAAGCCCAAAACAACCAUCUCAAACCCCCACCAGCAUCAAAGGUGGAGGGCCCCUAAGCGAUUUGAUACCUUUGAUCAUGGAAACCUUCGUCGCCCAAUCCAAGUUCAAGGAUCCUAGUGGGAAAAACAACGCGCCCAACCCAUUCCUGCACUGGCAAACUGCAAAACAGCUCCUCAAGUUCCGUUUAGUUUCCAAAGCCUGGUGUGCAUCUGUUACACCUGUCGCAUUUCAUUCAAUAUGUUUAGAUAAACCAAGAAGAAUCGAAUCCAUACUUGACAAUUGGGCCCGGGGCAAGUCUACCAUCAAUGCAGAUUUCUCACCUGUUCAGCGACUUGCAAUCAAGAACUUAUCAUACAAGACGGUAGAUGUCAAAAACUUGGAUGGAAACAAACGUCGCGCUCCUGUUUCAACGGAUCUGGCGAUUGAAGUCAUCACAACCUUUAAGCAUAGCUUGACCACCUUGUACUUGGAAUUUGGCACCUCGAUUGGAUUUCAGCCAGGCUUGAUUGAUUCUAUCCAGCAACUCAAAAAUUUGAAAAAUUUGACUAUCACAACUACAAGGGGCCCUGAUUUCCAGACUGGUCCUGAUGAGUAUUCAGAAUCAUUAGCUAAUCUACUCAAUGUUUUACCGAAUCUAGAAGUUUUGAGACUGGACGAGCUUUGGUUAGGUUUUUUAGAUUUACAACCUCAAGCUUUAUCAAAGUUGAGAUCCUUCCGGUUUGCCUAUUGUCAAGCUAUGGAGGUGAAUCCGGUUUCUCAUCUAUUUAAUCAUAUCAAAGACACCGUCAAAGUACUCGAUUCCACAAACUCUCACAGAACGGAAAAGUUAGAAGCAGUAUUGAAACCACUCAUAGGAUCUCUAGAAGGUCUUGUUACGGAAGAGGUUCCAGGCGAGUUUACAGAUUUCCUCAUCGGUUCCAACUUUCCAAAACUUCGUGUUGUACAGGUUGAAUGGCCCCGCGCAGAGGAGGAUCCAGGAAAGCCAACCUCAUGGCUAGGAUCACCAAUGUUCCAAAACGUCCGAACUUUAAUCGUAGAUCACUAUCGUUUCAACGGACCACACUUUGAGGAGAUCUUGAGUAAAAAGGGUGAAGGUGCUUUUGUCAAACCACCUAAUCUAAAGCAUGUUGUCUUUAUUCAAAAGAUUGGAAAGUUUGUCCAGACUCAAAGAGAAAAAGAUCUUGCUAAAGAACUCGAGUCUCAUGGAAUCCAGUGUCAUUAUAGUUAUCCUAUAAGUUUUGAGGAAAUCUUGGGAUACGAUGAAAGUCUCAAUGGUCCAAUGAAUUGA